AUGGAGCCUCCGCAGAGACCACAGGCGAGCCUGUUCCAGGUCUACUUGCGACUGCGACCUCCGCAAGCAGGCAACGCCAGCGCUGAAAGAGCCGUACUCGUCGAAGAGCCCGAGCAGGACAAUGCGCCGCCUACCCACAUCACGUUAAACCCUCCCAACGAUCGAAGACGGGCUAUCGAGAAAUUCGCCUUCACGCGCGUCUUUGAGGAGGAUGCCACACAGCUGGAUCUCUUUCAAGGCACCCGAGUGCUGCCCUUGGUAGAGGCCGUGCUUGCUCCCCAUGGCGGCGAUGGGACGGAUGGGCUGUUGGCGACCCUUGGAGUCACUGGUUCAGGCAAGACACACACGAUGCUUGGAUCCCGGAGCCAGCGCGGCUUGACGCAACUCGCUCUUGAUGUCGUAUACCGGUCCAUUGACACAAACAUCGUCGACUGCGAUACCUGUCCUACACUGGAGGCGGGCCUCCGGUCCGCAGACGCAUCGGAAGCAGCCAUCUAUUCUGCGCCAGCCUUUCUCGAGAACGUAUACAGCGACUUUAAGGGCCCGUCGCGGGCAGGAUCAAGAGCAGCCACACCAAUGAUUGUACGACCCCAGCAUGAUUUCAUUCGGCCCUCCCUUCUUGACAUGUGCCCUCAGCUGCCGGGUCACUUUCCAGACAGUCCAAAUAGCGUGCGGCUUGUUUGUCAUGAAGAUGACUUGUCUCACAUCACGAUGCUUUCAACACCUCCCAGUCAGCGCAAACAGAACAUGUUACCUCUCCAGAUGCCAGUCGCGUCUAGCAGGCCAAAGUUGGCCUACGCUUCUCCCCAAAAGAAGCACUACAUGUCUCUUACAUCCACGGCUAAAAGCAAGAACUUAACUAAGACUCCAAUCAAGGGCGAUUAUCCGCCGCCGCCGACGCCGAGGCGCCAACUACAACGUCCGUCGGCGCUCCCCCAGAUGCCUGACAUCAGUUCCAUCAGGGCCUCCAUCGAUCCAUCUGCCGAAUAUGCCAUUGUCAUUUCCAUGUACGAAGUAUACAAUGACCGUAUCUUCGACUUACUGACACCGCCGGUCAAAUCAAACGCCACGAAGGAGUACCGCCGGCGAGCCCUCCUCUUCAAGCCGACUGAAUCAUCGCCAGACCGCAAAGUCGUGGCGGGACUUCGAAAAGUCAUAUGUGGUAACCUCAGAGAGGCACUCAUGGUUCUGGAAGCAGGACUUCACGAGAGACGGGUGGCUGGUACCGGCAGCAACAGUUCUUCGUCGCGGAGUCAUGGUUUCUUCUGUGUCGAGGUCAAGAAGAGACGCCGUGGUCGCACCGACGGCCAAUGGGGUACCAGCACGUUGAGUAUUGUUGACUUGGCCGGCAGUGAACGGGCGAGAGAUGCAAAGACCCAAGGCGCGACACUAGCCGAGGCGGGCAAGAUCAACGAGAGUCUAAUGUAUCUCGGCCAGUGUUUGCAGAUGCAGAGCGACGCCAGCAGCAGUGCAAAGCCGAAUCUGGUACCAUUCCGCCAAUGCAAGCUGACUGAGCUCCUGUUUUCCAACUCGUUCCCGUCGGCUUCAGUUGCACAGUCUGUUUCUCAUCGUCGCGCCCCCCAAAAGGCCGUCAUGAUCGUCACCGCUGACCCGCUGGGCGACUUCAACGCGACCUCUCAGAUUCUACGAUACAGUGCGCUGGCCCGCGAGGUCACGGUACCUCGAAUUCCCUCCAUCACAUCAACUAUACUGGCCAACGCCAGCUCUACAGCCCACUUUCACCUCCCAGAACCUAGUCCAGGCUGCAGCAGUCCUUUAGGCUCGCCACAGUCCCACCACAGGCCGUUCUUUCAACAGCCUUCAGCCACGUAUCAGCGGACGUUUUCGCCUAUGUCGGAUACGGAACGCGCGACGAUGGAGAACGCCGCCAUGGAGAUUGCCCGUAUGGCAGAUAUGAUCGAUCAGCUGAACGCCGAGUUGUCCCGGGAAUCGGAAGGUCGCAUGGCGGCUGAAGCCCACCUCCUAUCGAUGGAGGACCGCGUUGUAGAGCUCGAGCAGGAAAUCCGUGAGGAGUGUUAUGCUGAUUUCGAGCACCGCCUAGCUCUAGAGAUGGGCCGAUGGAAAGCCUCACUCUCGCUCGAACAGGAGCGGGGCGAAGAGCACUGGGAUCGCAAGAUUGAAGUGCUCGCCCGCAGCGUCAGUGUAGUCCUGACAGCGCCUAGCGACGAAGACGACGUGGAGGACGAGGAUAAGGAGAACGUGCUGAUCGAGAACCUCGAGCAAGAGAACGACCGCCUCAGGCGAGAGGUGGCCGUGCUGAAGCGCGAGCUGUCGAGCCGAACCCCGAGUAAGCGAGCGCCGCUGCAGGAGAGAGGCGACGUGUCGGGUGUCAAGGCGGACAUACCCGGUCUCGGCAGCAAGAUGGAGCAGCUUAGAGUCAGUGGCAGCCGUGAUGAGAGGGCGCCCAGGGUCACUAGCACAGGCAGUCCAACCAAGAAGAUGCGCAAGCUGCCAGCGAAGAAGUGGGACAGCAUAGAUGUUGAUGAUGACCUGCUGUGA